AUGCUACCCGUUUCGGUUUCGGUUUCCGGUUUUCCGUGGCUCGCCGCCGCCGCGGCAACCGGUUUCCCGUGGCGAAACGCCACUGGUCCGAACGGUGUCGUCGACAAUUGGCCGCUUCUAAGGGCAACCACGAACGCCAUUUUCGAGCAGAAAUUCAAGCUCACCGACGGCUCGCCGACGAGCUCUGAUGCGGCCAACGACGGCACCGAAUGCGUCGUGUGCGGCGACAAAUCCAGCGGAAAACACUACGGACAAUUCAGUUGCGAGGGAUGCAAAAGCUUCUUCAAAAGAUCAAUUCGCCGAUCGCUGUCAUAUACGUGUCGAGCAACGAAAAAUUGUGCCAUCGACGUGCAGCAUCGGAAUCAGUGUCAAUAUUGCCGACUGAAAAAGUGCAUUCGGAUGGGAAUGCGGAAAGAAGCAGUUCAACGCGGCCGUCUUCCUGUCUCGCUUCCCUCAUUCUUUCCGCCACCAUCGCCAUUCCUUCGCCCUCUCAAUUUUAUGCCGCCACCGCCACCACCGCCACCGCCAAUUUUCAACCAAUUCCAAAAAUCAUUCGAAUCGAUAUUCGAGUUCGCUGCUCAAACAAUCUUCUCCACUGUGCAUUGGGCGAAGACGAGCAUGGCGUCGAGUGUUCAUCGCGGCGAUCACGUAGCGCUUCUUCAAAAUUGCUGGACAUCGAUAUUCGUGUUCGCAUUGGCGCACUCCAAUUUCAAUGUGCUCGCGUGUUUAGCAGGAACUUCUGAUGACGAGGAAGGCAAUGGAGAUGAGCAUGUCAGAGCUCUUCAGGACAAAAUCGAGAAGAUUCGCGAAUUCUCGCUCGACAUUAUUGAGAUCUCUUCAUUGCGCGCAUUAUUGCUCUUCAACAGCGAUAUUGAGAAUCACGAAUUUUGCGAGAAAUCGAAAAUCGAUGAGGUCUCGUGCAAACUCAAAAACGCUCUUGAGGAGUACUGUAAGGCCAACAAACCGCCGAUGCGAUUUUCGCAAUUGGAAGAGUGUCUUGGGGUGCUUCGAACAAGCCGAACACUGCCGAUCUCGAGGAUCUUUUUCGCCCGCCUAGUUGGGACGACUCCGAUCGAAUCAAUCAUCACCGAUCUCCUCAACAUGUCGAUACCUCCUCCAGCUCCCGCCAUGUUCUCCUAG